AUGGCGACCGAAACACAGAAAGAUCAUCUCAAUAAUGCCAACGACAACGACAACAGCGACUUCCUCGCAAAACCAUCCGCAUCCUGCUGUCUGUACGGAUCGCUUCACCAAGGCCACCCUCGAGGCAUCUUCGCGCCUGUCGCCGGGGUCGACACGUACGUGUCUCUCCCGGAUCCCGCCAAAGCAAAUGGGAACAUCGUCCUCUACUUCCCUGACGUCUGGGGAAUGUUCACCAACGGCCUUCUGGUGAUGGACGCCUUUGCGGAUGCGGGGUAUCUGGUACUGGGGGUGGAUCACUUUCGGGGGCUAAGCUGUUUGUACGAUCAUGACCCCGUCUGGAAACACCGCAAGGACCGCCACGACAAAUCCAAUCCAGACUUUGACUACGAGGCCUGGAAGAAAAAGCACACUGCGUUCGCGAACGAAGCCGUUCCGCGAUGGGUCAAGGCCGUGCAAGACGAGUAUGGAGGGCCGCAAACGAAGUACGCUUGCGUUGGGUACUGUUUCGGCGCGCCGUACGUGUGCGAUGCCCUUGCGGGCGACACGGUCACCGCAGGCGCGUUUGCCCAUCCGGCGUUUUUGAAGGAGCAUCAUUUUUAUAACCUGAAAAAACCCCUCUUCCUCUCCUGCGCAGAGAUAGACCACACAUUCGACGCCACUCGUCGACGUGCAGUCGAUAUUCUGCAAUCGGAGAAAAAGAAGUACCAGUUACAGCUCUUCUCCGGCGUCGAGCAUGGGUUUGCGCUGCGGGGGAACAUGGAGAAUCCAUAUGAACGAAAUAGAUCGCCUGGUAAAGCAGAUGCGGCAAUUAGGCAAGCGGACUGUCCUCCAUCCAGCAGAGCCCUGCUCUUCUAA